AUGGCGAUUUCCAAGCCAUCUCCCCUCGUGUUAGGGUUGAUUGUCUUCUUUUUGUUGGUCCGUCCAGCUCGUGCGUUCGGCGCAGGCAACAUUGCUGGAAUCUCCAAGGUCGAGGGACAGAACUGGCGACACGGUGAUAUCGAAGAUGCUCUCCUCCAGAUCAUCAUGGCUCGCGCUGCCGGCGGCAAGAAGUUCGACAAGCUCAACGUUUCCCGCGUGUACUUCGGCAACUGGCUGCGAGACUACAGCCAGGCCAUCGACGUUGGUACUGUCAAGGCGGUCUCCGCCGAGGCCAUCCGCCUGCUGCUCUGUGUCCUAGGCUUCCUCUCCUUCGGGUUUGGCUCACGCGAGUUUGAGGUCACGGCCGAGCGUCUGGGCUGCUACAGACCGGAACACCACAUUGACAACCCUCUUGGGUAUGCGGAGAACCAGGACGCUCGUCAGUAUGAUCGCAGACUUCGUGGUCCGGUGGACGAGGGUGUUGAGCUGGCCAUCGACCCCGAGACCGGAAUGAAGAACUAUAUUGCGAAUGAGAGAGUCAAUAUCAUGACCAGCGCAUUGCACGUUCGUCGUCUCUUUGGCAAAUGCAUUGAGCUUGCCCGCAGCUACCGACAGAGCCGUAACAAGGCCGAGCUGUACGAGGCACUCCGCCUCAUGGGCACCGGGCUGCACUGCUUGGAAGACUAUAUGGCGCACAGCAACUACACGGAGCUUGCUCUUAUCGAAAUGGGAGAGCGGGAUAUCUUCCCUCACGUUGGUCGCGACACCAUGCUUAGAAUCCAGGGUGCGCGCCAUGAGGUCUACCCGAUCGUUACUGGAACGUUUGGCGGCGUCGACUUCCUGCACUCUGUGACUGGUGAAGUCUCGGACAAGUUGACACAGAAUGAAAUCCAGGAGCUCGAGGGCACUCUCGAGAACAGCCAGAAGAACGACACAAGCAUCCUGCGGAAUCUUCUGGACAAGAUCCCCGACGGCAUCUUUGGCGGCGAUAACAAGAAGCAAAAGCUGGACGAUAUCCAGCAGAAUGCCAACAACGCCCAGAUGCAGCAGAUGAACAUCUCGCCCCGCGAGCCCGAAGAGUUCACUCACCAGAUCAAGCAGAUCUUUGACUCGAUAAUGCCAGCCAUCGAGUUUCAUGAUGAGAUCCUCAAGUCCAUUUCGGAGGCCAUUGAGAAAAUCCCUAUUCUGCCCAAGAUCGUGGAGCAACUGGAGGACCAGCUUUCCAUGUGGACCUUUUCCAUCAUGGCUCCCUUUGUCGUCCCGGUCAUUCGACAAAUCAAGAAUGAGCUCGCGACUGGAUCCUCGGAGAUUAUCCAAAGCAGCCAGAAUGAGCAGCAUGUCGUCUUUGACAAUGACCGAUGCUCUGACCCCACCCACUCCAUGCUUUCGAAGGACCACUUUAGCAACCUUCUGAACGAAAUUGCUGGCCGAACCGCAAGCAAGAUUGUCAGCUGGGUUGUUCCCCAGCUGAUGGAGGCCUGGGAUGACGAGGGCGUUGAUAUCGAUCGCACCCUCAACCGCAUCAUCUACGGCGUACUUCACCACCCUGCACAGCGAAACAUGGGUGAGGACGGCGCUCGGGAGGGCCGUGCCGUGAUCUUCCAAUCUAUUGAGGAAUGGUGGAACAGCAAGUCUGAGAACGAGAAGGAGGACUACCGCCGCAGGCUGUCUCGUGAUGGUGUUCUCAAUGGAGAGAACCAUAAGGAGGGCGUCCAUGACAGUGGCCACGGCUGUGGCGGUCCUCUGGGUAUGCACAAGAACUUCGGCGGCGGCGGCGGCGGCAACAGCAUGGAGGACCGCAUCGCCGGUGCCGCGGCUGGUGCUAUCGUUGGUGGCAUUACGGGCACUGUUGGCAGCAUUGUCGAGUCCAACACCGGCUACAAGCUGCCGAGCUUUGAUGACAAGCCUUCGUCUGGACAUGGCGGUGGUCAACAGGAGGAGUCCUCUGGUGGCUUGGGAGGCCUUCUCAGCGCCGCUGGCUCCAUCCUCGGCGGCGGCUUCAACAAGGAGCAGACCGAGACCUACCACUCUAGCCGCCGCGAUGACGACGGCGGCUACACGCAGUCGACCACACAGUACGGUCGCAACGAGGACGAGAACCGCUACGGCCAGGCCGAAUAUAAGAGAACGGAGUACCCUGGCGGCGGCUCUCGUACCGAGUAUCAGCGCUACGAGCAGCAGGAGGACAGCUACGGCUCGCGUCCUCAGGGCUACGGCUACGAGCAGCGCACCGAGACCUACCAGACCUCUGGCGGUGGCUACGAGUCGCGCACUGAGAGCCGCUAUGAGAGCAGCGAGAACCGCCACGAGCAUCACUCCGGCUCUAGACACGGCGGUGGCUACGAAGGAGGUCGCCAGGAGGAGAGCUACGGCAGCGGCGAUAGCUAUGGUCGUAAGGACGAGGAUAGCUACGGCGGCGGCCGCCGGCAGGAAGAAAGCUACGGCAGCAGCGAUAGCUAUGGUCGUAGGGACGAGGAUAGCUACGGCAGCCGCCGGCAGGAAGAGAGCUACGGCGGUGGCUACGGAGAACGCCGCGAAGAGGAGAGCUCUGGAUGGGGAGGCAGCCGCAGGGAGGAGGAGGACGAUCGUCGAGAGGACGACAAUGGAGGCGGUCUGCUGGAUGAGAUUGCGCGCCGGGCCGAGGACGCCUUUGGCGGCGAUGACAACCGGGAGCGCCGCAGCGGCUGGGGCUUCUAG